GUCACGGAGGAGGUAACAUGCAGAAGUAUAACUUUGUGUUGUCCUUAUUUCUGCUGCUGAAUGAAAGACCUUUCUACUGUGGCUCCCCAGUGACCCCAUUUGACACAAUGGCAUCACUGUUAAAUAGGGAUGGAGAAAGGCAGCGGCAUUGGCAUGUAGACUGCAGACUUCUGAGAUCUUCAACCACAAUAUUGGCUCUACAACUACAAUGGAAGCUGAAGAAGCUUCAGGGGGUGGCACACUAUUAUCUACUACCGUGGUAAUAACACAUGCCACCAUAUCCACUGUAUUUUCGACAAGUGACCAGGAUUUGCAGGCUGCCACCAUACUGACACAAACAGAGACACAAACAGAAAAUGAAAGUAUCUCCACGAUAGAAAUGAAUGCAGAACAAGAAAGUCUACACCCUGCUCUGAUUUUUGGAGCCCCUGCAGCACUGCUUCUAGUCAUAUUCAUUUUACUGGUCAUCUUUAUUGUAAGACGCCACAAGCAGAAGCAAUCCAAACAAGAUGAUCUAGAAAGUGAAAACUGCAAAAGCCCUAUCUUUGAAGAAGACACACCCUCGGUAAUGGAAAUAGAGAUGGAAGAGCUUGAUAAAUGGAUGAACAGCUUAAAACGAAAUGCGGAAUGUGAAUAUUUGCCUCCUGUGAAAGAAGAAAAAGACUGCAAUGCCAGCCCGAGUGACUGCGAAUCUUAAGAUCAAGACCGCAUUAUAUGGAUUUACAGAAGAGAUCAAAUGAACAGAUACCGAGGUCCCGAACAAUCUGCAUAUGAAUCUCCUUCAGCUCAAAUAGUAAAGGACGACAGUGCAUCGUGUCUGUCUCUGCUGGUUUUGUUCUGUAUCAUGACAACACAAGUUCUGCAAAACGGAGGCCUUGAAAUUAAUUUUUUACUUUUGUGAAAUCCAGGAGUGGAUAGAGAACAAUUGCCUUUCAGACACUUCUCAGAGCAAUUUGUUUCUCCCCUCGAGUAUGGUACAUCUUCCUUCCUUCUUUUGUAAGAUUGUUCAUUACACUAAUACUCCCAAAUAUAAAGGUCACAUUGCCCUUGAUUCUGAAUUUCUUUUCUCGGAGGUGUUUAAACCACAAUUGUGAAAUAUAAGCCAUGCCUGUGGCAUUUCAUUUUCUUUUCUCUCAAUGAUGGCGAUGCCUCACUCAGAUUUGUACCGAUGAGAACAGCAGAAAAUGUGCAGUGAUUGCAGACGAGAAUGUAACAUGGACAGCAUUUCAAAUACCCAGGAGAAGCUAGAGGAGUUGGAAAGAGUCGGGAGACUUUCCAAAGCUUGUACUGUGUUUGGUUAGAAAAUAUC